AUGCCGGUUAAGCGGACCCUGGCCGGGCAGGUGAGCGCACAGGCCGGGGCGGGGCGCAGCAGAUGCUUCUUAGAGGUCAGCAGAACCUGGACCCCUCCCCUGGGCAGGCCCCUGCUGAGGCUCGAGAAGGCGGCCGUCCAGGCUGCCCACGCCCGCCGCGGAUUCCGCAGCGCCCGGCGCUGCGCUUCCCACCCGGGAAGGACCGCGCUUCCCCUUUUGGAGCCCCCGGCCCCGCCCUCGCGGCUGCGGCAGGCCCCGCCCGACUGCCCGGGUGCCGAGCUCCGAGUGGACGCGCCUGGACGCGGCGGGGGACGCCCCAGGCCCGGGUCCUCCCAGGGGCCAGUGGCGACUGUCUGCGGCCCCAGCCGCGCCAAUGCUGACCCCCCGCUGACCUUCGCUUUCUGUGCACUCGUCACACUUGGGCAGCUCGUGACCAUCAACCGGACGCUGGGUCGUGACGCUCUUCCUGACCCUUGGGAGCACAAACCACAAAGGCACGCCCUGGAGGUGGACAGCCUGGUCAGCUUGGCCCCUCUUCCUGACCGCUGGCCGCUCGGCCAAUGGCGCUCGGGGCCCGCGGAAGCGGCGGCGGCGGCGGCGGCGGGGGCGUCUCCAGGCAGCGGCGCGGGCUCCGCGUUCAAAGUGGCGGCGGGCGGCGCGAUGGACGCGGGCGCGGUGGACGCGCGGCGGGAGCCGGAACCACAGCCGCACGAAGUUCUUAGGCGGGAUCUCAUGGAAAAUGCUACCCACUGUCCAAAAAUCCAGAAAGCGGUCUUCAAAGGUGAUGGAGCUGACACGUUAGAAAUCUCAAUGACUGACCAGAGUUUUGCUCCUCUUGUUGCUGAAUAUGAAAACUAUCAACGAGAGCUAACUAUGCAGCUGCAGUAUCACCAGGAAGAGCUGGGGAAAAUGAAAGUACAGCUUGAAAGUGUCAUCAAGGAGAAUGAAAGGUUGCACAGUGAGUUAAAGGAUGCUGUUAAGAAGCAGCUGGAGGCUCUGCCGUUUGACGAGGAGGUGGGGAGUGACAUAUAUGCCGACGACGAGACAGUGAGAAAUCUCCAGGAACAGUUACAAGUAGCCAAUCAAGAGAAGAAUCAGGCCGUGGAACUCUGGCAGACUGCUUCACAGGAACUGGAGCGACUGCAGAGACUUUACCAGGAAUAUAUGACCAAGACCCAGAUCCACGUUGCAGAAAGUCAGAAGCGAGAGGACCAGCUGACCAACUUCCAACAACUGACCCAGCAACUCCACGUUACGAAUGAAAACAUGGAAAUGACCAACCAGCACUUCCUGCAGACGAUCUCGGAGCAGAGCGCGGAGAUCAGCCAGCUCCGAAAGCAGCUGAGGGAGGCCAAGUUGGAGCUGCGAGGUGCCCUGGCGAAAGUGGGAGAGUUGACCAAGACGACGGGGAACCUUCAGGAGCAGAUGCAGAAGCAGGAGGCAGACGUGGCGUCUGCGCGAGGCAGAGAGGACGCGUCCGACAGGCGCCUGCAGCAGCUGCAGUCCAGCAUCAAGCAGCUGGAGGCCAGACUGCGCGUGGCCCUGCAGGACGCCGGGCAGCUGCGGGCGGAGAAGGCGCGCCUGGAGAGGCAGAACGCGGACCUGCAGGCGCAGUGCAGCGAGCUGCAGGGGGAGAAGUUCGAGGCCGUCCAGCGGGCCCGGGGCAGCUUGCAGCUGCUGGAGGAGGCCAACCUGCAGAAGAGCCAGGCCCUGCUGGAGGAGAAGCACAAGGAGGAAGACAGAGAGAAGAUGAGGGAAGCGAUGUCCCGGGUGCUGCAGGACGCAGCCGUGAGGACCAGGAAGGAGGUCAUGAAUGUGAAGAAGCAGUACAACGCGCAGCUUUCCCAGAUGACGGAAGAGCUGUCGGCCCUUCAAAGGGAAUGCGCUGAGAAACAGAGCCAGAUCGACCGCGCCAUCAGGGAGAGAAAAGCGAUGGAGGAAGAGCUGGAAAAGAACUGGCAGCAGGGCCGCGCAGCCGACGGCCCCGGGAGGCUGGAGGAGAUGCUGGGGCGCUGGCAGCUGGCCGAGCGGGCCAAGGACGAGCUGCAGCUGCGCCUGAGGACCGCCGAGAGCAAGAUGAAGCGCCUGGAAAUCGACUCCUCGGAAGAGAUCUCCCGGUGCCAGGAAAUGAUCCAGAGGCUCCAGGGCGUGCUGGAGGCGGAGAGGGAGAGCUGCGGCGCCGUCAGCGAGCAGCGGCUGCGGCUGCAGCAGGAGAACGAGCAGCUGCAGCGGGAGGCGGAGGAGCUGAGGAGGAGCGCGCUGGAGGCGCAGAAGGCGGCCAGGCUGAAGGUCAGCACGAUGGAGCAGGAGUUCUCCGUGAAGGCGCACGGCUUUGCGGUGCAGCUCCAGGAGCUGGAGGACCGGAACCGCGACACCACCGCAGAGCUGCGGCGGCUCCUGGGCGCGCAGCAGAAGGCGGCCGGCCGCUGGCGAGAGGAGGCCAGGAAGCUGGCGGGGAGCACCGAGGCCAGGAUCGGGGAUCUGAAGAGCGAGCUGAGCCGGCAGAAGCGCCUCGCCCAGGAGCUGGCUUCUCAGCUGCAGGCGGCCACGGACAAGGCCCUCGAGAACGAGCAACUCCUUCUCGAGCAGCAAGAAAAAGCCAAGAGGCUGCAGAGACGGCUAAACCAGGCCGAGCAGAGGGCGUCUGCCGCGACCCAGCAGCUCAGUGCGAUGACGGCGCAGCGCAGGCGAGCGGCCUCCAUGGUGGACCUGAGACCAUCGAGUAACCCGGUGGGCGGCCGGUAUGCGGGACUGUCCCGGGCUGGACCCGAGACCAUCGAGGAACCUGGCGGGACUCUCCCUGGCUGGACCUGA